UUCUACGAAGAAAAUGGAUAAAAUCCGAUCCAUUGAUUGCUUUACCCAUCUGUCCUCUGAUUCUGCCAUCGUCGUGCAAACCUACCUAACUGCUUCUUGAUUACAGUAAGCUCAUAUUGCGGUAUUUCAGGACUUGGUCAUGGCGGCGGGGAUAACGGCAUUGUCGAACCACUCCUUCCUGAGAGCGGAGCAAUCUGGUAAUCUUGAUCUCUCGUUCGAUCGAGUUGGAAUCGCCCACCACUCGAGAAGGGACCUCGUCUUCAUUGUGAACCCUAAAGGUGCCAAUGGCCGGACGGGGAGAGAGUGGAAGAAGCUGCUGCCUUAUCUUAAAAGGCGACUCGGCGACCAAUGCAACGUUCAUGAAUCAUUUACUUCAGGACCUUCUCAUGCUGUGGACAUAACCAGGGAGGCAAUCCGAGAAGGAGCAGAUGCUGUCAUAGCUGUUGGAGGAGAUGGUACUCUUCAUGAGGUUGUCAACGGUUUCUUUUGGGCAGGAAAACAAAUCUGUACUCUAGAAAGGGGUUCCACCAUACAUGCAACUGCACUUGGCCUCCUUCCAUUGGGAACUGGUUCAGAUUUUGCCAGAACACUUGGCUGGAAAAAUGACCCUCAUCAGGCAAUAGAGCGAAUUGCUAAAGGAUUGAGAUCUAAAAUAGAUGUUGGCCUCAUUACCUUACUUGGAGAGGAACAUCAUUACUUCAUUAAUGUUGCUGAUAUACAUCUGAGUGCAAAGGCAGGCUACUAUUCUUCCAAGUACAAAAGUUUUGGAAACUUCUGUUAUGUUUUGGGAGCCUUGAGAGCAUUUAUUGGGCACCAGAAUGAAAACCUUAAGAUCAAGGUCAAUGGCCAAGAUUGGGUGGUAUUUGAUAAAGUCACAGCUCUUUGCAUUGGGAAUGCUAAAUUCUUUGGUGGUGGCAUGAAGAUUGUACCUACUGCUGAUCCGUACAGUGGAAAUCUGGAGGUGGUAAUUCUUCAAGACUUCAAAUGGUAUGAUUUUGUUUUCAAGUUAUACAAGCUGUACAAUGGGUCUCAUAUAUCAGAAAAAAAUGUGUGCUCAAUAAGUGUAAAGUCUAUUGAAAUUGCCAUGGGAGAAGGUAGCAGUGAGAUUUAUGUGCAGGCUGAUGGUGAACAUCUGGGCUUUCUUCCAGUAAAGUUUUCAAUUUUGCCUGCUGCCAUUGAUUUUUUAGUCUAACUGUCUAAAACUAACUUAUAUAUAUGGUUUUCCUCUUUAACCGUUUCAGAUUAUCUGUUCUAAUGAAAUUUUGUUAUUUUGAUUUUGUCAGUUGUUUGUUCUUAUAAUUUACACCUGUCAGUAGCCAAAUGAAGUCUUGUAAUUUUUCUUUUA